CGGUGUGUUAUACGACAUGGGUAGAAGUACACCUCACGUUUACACAGCGACCUGUCCAAAGCAAAAGAGUUGGAUACAAGUCACAGGAUAAAUCAUGAGUACACAAUUUGACGAAACGUUGAAAAAUAUUGGUGAGUUUGGCCCUUACCAGAGACGUAUCUACUUUCUGUUGUGCCUGCUCAUCAUCUUCAUAGGCCUCUCCGAUGUAGUCAACGUUUUCCUGCUGUACAAGCCAAGUCACAGGUGUUCUAGCUUUAACACAACAGCGAAUAUCAGUGCCAACUUGCCAAACGGGACAGUAUCAUUUGAAGAAAACAAAUCAGCGUGCAGAAGAAAUCUAGGACCAUUCAAUACGUCCAGCGGUGAUGACAAACACAUGACAGAGUUCUGUACAUCUUGGGUGUAUGACAAGUCCGUGUUUGUGGAAUCUAUAGUCACCGAGAAUAACCUGGUAUGCGAGUCUGAAUUAGUUCCUACCUAUGUACAAAUGGUAAUAUACGCUGGAUCCUUUUGUGGAUCACUGCUUCAAGGCAUUCUUGCUGAUGGCAUAGGAAGAAAGAAAACGAUCUGUGUCAGCCUUGUCUUUCUGUUUGGUUCUGGAUUGGCGUCAGCGUGGUCACCAAACUAUUAUGUAUUUACAGCUUUGCGAUUCAUACAGGGCAUGUCUUCCAGGGGAGUAUAUAUCCCUUCCUUUGUCUUAGGUGUUGAAAUGGUCGGCCCCUCGAAAAGACAAUAUGCAGGAUUUCUGUUGAAUUACUUCUACUCGGGUGGAAUUGUGAUAUUGGCAGGGAUCGGAUACGGAUUUCGCCAUUGGAAAUACAUUCAGAUCGCCUCCUCAGCACCAUUGCUUCCGUGUUUGAUAUACUGGUGGAUCAUACCAGAGUCCCCACGAUGGCUGAUCAGUCGUGGAAGAACGACGGAGGCUAAUGCUGUUCUGAUGAAAAUAGCAGAAUCUAACAAUACAGAGAGUUGUGUCCCUUUGAAUGAAGACAAUGCGGUUGAAGAGAGGGAUGACUCGAGGAAAACCUACCUUUUCAAACAUCUUAUUUCAAGUCGUUCAUUAUUUUGUCAUUCACUGGUUAUAUUUUUCAACGUUUUCGUGGUAUACCACUGUUACUUUGGAUUCGCUCUAAACACGGAAAACCUUAGUGGGAACUUCCAUCUGAACUUCCUGAUAAACGGACUAGUUGAAUUUCCUGCCAACACACUCGCCCUUGUAUUCAGUUACAGGAUCGGGCGGAAAAAGUUAUAUAUAUCAUCCAUGUUCUUAGGAGGUGUCAUGCUGUUAGGAAGCGCAGUAACGACUAUUCUUGCUGUUAAAGAUUUUAGAAAUUUGACGCUAGCCAUGGCGAUGCUGGGGAAGUCUGGUGUAACAGUAGGGUAUUGCGUAAUCUAUCUCUGGGCUGCUGAAAUAUUCCCGACAGUGUUUCGUAACAGUGGCAUGGGUAUAAGUCUGGCUUGUGGGAACAUCGGAUACAUUGUUGCUCCUUAUAUGGCACAGCUGGCAACCAAUCCCGCUGAUACGAUGAGUAAAGGUAUUCCGCUUAUUGUGUUUGGAACAUGUUCCCUAGGAGCAGCCUUACUUACAUUAUUAUUGCCAGAAACAAAUAGACAAAAUCUCCCGGAAAAAGUGUACGAUGCGGAACAAAUAUCAAAUCAUAUGGAGAUGGAAAUAAAUGUCAAGGAGACAUAAUGUAUUAUAUGUAUGACAGUAUGUUGAUGGAAUACCUUCUAUACGUUCAUUACAUCAUAACUAUUUUACAAAUACAAGCACACAGGAAUUAUUGUUCAAUAAGUGAAGAAAACAAUAGUCGUUUGUAUUUGAAUAUAUCUAUUUAAGGAAAACCUCAUGAACGCGUUUGAUUAAUAAUUCAUCUACUAUGAUUAUGUACAUAAUUGUAAUUCAAUCUUGGGAUUUAAGUGGUUUCCGUUGAUAUGGAUGGUUUCACAAAUAAUAAAGAUAAGAUGUUCAGAUAGACUGAGGAAAGGUUUUGAAUCAUUAACAUGAACAACAUGGAGGGCAAAUAUGCUGUUGACCUACGAAAACUAUCAAAAUCUUCAAAAACACUGAAGUUUCCCUAACUUUUUCAUAAAAGUUUUGUUGCAUAUCCAAAGGAUAAAAAACAAAAUAUUUUUCUUGUUUCGAAUUACAUUUUGUGAAAAACUGUAUUAAAAGUCGAAUAUA